AGGGAGUUGGGGAGGGAGGGGAGAGGGGAGAGAGCUGAUCACGGACGUCAGGAACAAAAGCUCCAGCGGAGCCUGGCGAAGGCACUGAGGGAGCAUGGGGUGUUUUGAAUAAUUAUUAAAAUUAGCAUGUGUCUGCGCCAUCCUGUGGGUGUGGCGCAGAGAGGAGUGUAAACUCUAGCGGGGCUGGAGCAAACAUUGGAUUAGCGGCAGCAGCCUGCCAACCUGCCCGAGGAGUGCGGGGACCAGCGCGCUGCAAGCCGACUAGCACGAUGGCCUCGUCUCAGGGGAAAAACGAGCUGAAAUUAGCCGACUGGAUGGCAACUCUGCCGGAGAGCAUCCACAGCAUCCCCCUCACCAAUUUAGCCAUUCCAGGGUCUCAUGAUUCCUUCAGCUUCUACAUUGAUGAAGCCUCUCCAGUAGGUCCUGAACAGCCAGAAACUGUCCAGAAUUUUGUCUCUGUGUUUGGAACGGUGGCCAAAAAGCUCAUGCGGAAAUGGUUAGCCACUCAGACAAUGAAUUUUACUGGUCAGCUAGGAGCUGGGAUUCGUUAUUUUGAUCUUCGAAUUUCCACCAAGCCCAGAGACCCCGACAAUGAACUCUAUUUUGCUCAUGGUUUGUUCAGUGCCAAAGUCAAUGAAGGCCUUGAGGAGAUCAAUGCAUUCCUCACAGAUCACCAUAAGGAGGUAGUGUUCUUGGACUUCAACCACUUUUACGGGAUGCAGAAAUAUCACCAUGAAAAACUAGUCCAGAUGCUGAAAGACAUCUAUGGAAAUAAAAUGUGCCCAGCGAUUUUUGCCCAAGAAGUUAGUUUAAAGUACCUGUGGGAGAAGGACUAUCAAGUGCUGGUCUUCUACCAUAGUCCAGUGGCUCUGGAAGUGCCCUUUCUGUGGCCUGGGCAGAUGAUGCCAGCACCCUGGGCCAACACCACAGACCCGGAGAAAUUGAUCCAGUUUCUUCAAGCAUCCAUCACUGAGAGAAGAAAGAAGGGCUCGUUUUUUAUAUCUCAGGUGGUGCUGACCCCCAAAGCUAGCACUGUGGUCAAAGGGGUGGCAAGUGGCCUCAGAGAAACAAUCACAGAAAGAGCUCUUCCUGCCAUGAUGCAGUGGGUCCGCACCCAGAAGCCAGGAGAGAGUGGCAUCAAUAUUGUCACUGCCGAUUUUGUAGAACUUGGUGACUUUAUCAGCACGGUCAUAAAGCUCAACUAUGUCUUUGAUGAAGGAGAAGCCAACACUUGAUAACACUACUUGGAGUUUCCAUGAAUAAGACGGAGAAGACUCAUUGUAUUAGGCAUUAUCUGUAAACAUUCUGAUCUUCCUAUUCUAGUGAGUCUCUGAAGGGAAUAGGGCUGGUAGUAGGUGGGAAAAGGGGAAAACUAUUUCUUCAUUGAUUACAAGCAUAUUCUUCAUGACUAUAAAUAUUUCAUUUCCCAUUUGAUGAGUGAAAUCUACUUCUAGUGUUAGGGAUAAAAAAAAAAAACAAAAACCAGUAAAUUUGUUUUUCAGAAUUAGUCUUUGUAACGUAGAACUCAUGAGUGUUUACUUGAUUAGGUUCUCUACUUUCAUUCUAAGGCUCCUACACUGACUGUACCCUGAACCUUUCUGCUCCCUCUGUUGCUCGCUCUUUUUAAUCAGAUGCUGUAUGGAAAUCAAAACAAUUGGAUGCCCAACAUUUUGUAUAUUACAUUGUUGUCUUAAAAUGUAUUUGUUUUGUGGAACUUGGUAUAAUACUCUGUGGUCAUCCACAGUUGGGCAAUCAUAGCCAUCUUUUGCUCAUAGAAAAUCUGCAUCAAAUCAGUUUUCAUGCAUCAGUAAUAUUGGAGGUCAUAAUCAGUGAUUUUUGUUAUAUGAAAAUAAUAGUGUUUCACAGUAUUUCUAUUUAAGGCAGCUAUAAUUAUAGGAUAAAAACAUUUUUGGAAGAACUGUGAAUGCCAACUUGAGAAGAAAAAAAUUGUUGAGGGGUGAAAGAGAUGGAUGGCAUUUUAACUUGGCAAUCUCUUGAAUAUUUACUGGCCCUGCAAGUGUCCAGUAAAUAAUAAGGUAUGACAAGUAUGUUAAAAUUGAAAACUCUGAAAACAACUCUUUAAACAUCCCUCUUAAUGACUCCUUUGAUUAUUAUAAAAAAAGAAAAAAGGAAAAAAAGACUGCAAGCUUUCCUGCCAAUUGGGGAUUUCCAAAUAUUUAAUCUUAACUCCAUAUUUUAAGGAAGAUUUUUCAAGAAACUUCAAGUUUUUGACUUGAUGAAAUAGAGAGGCUGGUAGAAGGAGUUAGAGCAAUGUUUUUGAAAUUAUGUCCAUGAAAUUACAGGGUUCUGUGAAAUAUCUUUACAAAACUUGAAAUCUAUGAGAUGUGAGUGGACCUCUUUAAAGUUGGCAGUGAAUCCUCACAUCUGAGUUUCAUCCUAUUUGAGGGAUGAGAGGCAAAAUUUUCACACACAGUUUCUACAACCUAACAUUUAAUCCUCUGUGUCUACUGGGAAGAACAAUGACACAGCCUGAGUGUUGCUUCUGACUUGGUGUCUUUGUGAUAUUUGACAACUCUAAAAAAUAAAAAAAUCUUAGUAAGAGCACAAUAAUCCUUGCCUAUGUACAUCACAAGAAUAUUGUGAGGUAUUUAUAAAAAUUAUAAAAUUUGAUGAAAUUCUUACAAUUAUGAAUUAUUUUCAUAUUUAGAAAUAAUUACACCUCAAUAGUCUCCUAGGACAAUACAGUCCAUGCAAAGUAGGGUCAUAGAGAAAUAAAAGCAUGCCCUCAGCUUUUUAAAUGUAGCACAUAUGGCUUCAUCUCUUAGAUAAGGAAAUAAUUGAAUUCAAGAUUACAUAUGUCAAGAUCAUAAAUAAUCGAGUUGAUUUCAAAAUUAUAAAUACUUAUGAUCAGAAAAUAGUACUAAUUAGCAAUUAAAGGGAGGAAACAAAAUUGUUUAAACUGAAGAGAAUGUUUAUGAGGGUGUGCUACCUGUGGUAGACCAAACAGCAUACAUGUACACACAAAAUUGUGUUUAUACAUUCGGGUUGUGUGUACACAUCUUGCCAUAUACAAUAUGCCAACAUAUGCCCACUCCUGUGCAAGCAUACAGAGUCAAACAUACACAAACACACGGAGAUACAGACACAGUACAAUUCUUUUUAAAUGAAAACAUUAAUAUUAAAUAAUUUAAAGACUAAAACCCUUAAUGUGUGAAAAAGAGUAAUAAGACCUUUGAGAGUAGAUGAUCACAUUAAAAUAUUUUUGUAAAAAAUUCUAUGUAAGACUUCAUUAUUUUCAAAAUAUAUUUCUUCUUUCCACUUUCUUCCCUUGCAGUUUUGUUAUCUUUCUGUUUCUUACACCUGUUCUUUAUGUGCAAAUGUAUAUGAAUCCUUGCAAAAUGAUUAGAAUUACUGAAAUGCAUGUCCCACAAAUUUGGUUUUUAGGCAGACUUUUUCCUCAAACUGGCUAUUCAUUCAUCCUUCAGGAGGAUCUUUAGCCAAGCUUAUUUGCAGUGACACAUAAAUUUAAUUUUAUAAAUAUAAUGGAAAACAGAUUUUUCAUCUUAUUAAUGAAUAAAAUAUAGAGGUAAUUAUGUUGUAUUUUCUUGAACCUAGAUACUUUCUUACAGUGUUUGCUUAGAAUUAACUUUGUCCUAUUUGUCAACUGGGUGCUGGAAAAAAACAUGAUAAAGUUUUAGAAUAAUUGUGUAGAUUUUUAACUAGGGAAAGCUUUGUAUUGCUGCUAAUAAUGACAAGCACCCAGAAACCUUGUUAGACAAAAGGCACUUUCAAGCCAAUGCUGUGGUUUCCACUGGACAUACAGUGCCUAUGUAGCAGGCACUGAGAGUAAAUGGACUUGCCUUAAUUUAGAAAGGAGGUAAGAGGUAGAAGGGAACCAUGGGUCCUCCAGUUAGAUGGGGAGUUUACUAAGAGAGAGUCCUUGGAAAGGGGAAUGGAGAGAGGGUACCUUUGAGUGUCUUCUGUCCAUUAGCCCUGCCCUGGAGCACAUUUGUUACUUCCAAAAGUAACAAAUGGUGAUAUACAAUCAAAGAUUACCCUCAGCCUAUGCUCCUUUGUCUUAGCUGGGCUCUGUCUUUUCAGAGUUUGUAGCACAAGGGCUACACACCGGCCCCAAGAUGGCAGUAGACACAGCUUGGUGCACUUUUUGUUUUGCUUGUUUCUUAAGACUAUUUCACAAGUCCUGCGAGGCAACAAAACAAAACCACCAGACAAAUAAAAUCUAACUUUUACCCUAUCUACAGCAGAAAAUCAAAGGAGUGGGUGGGAUGAGAGAAGAUAUGCAAAGAACAACAUUUUUAAGUUUGCUUUCCUGUCUGUGAUUUUCAAGGACUAAAAUAACAAAAAUGUCUUCUGCCAUCAUCAUUUAUGUCUCCCUAUUUACUACACAGUCACGUAAAUGCAGAGAAUGAGGAGGCAUCUUUUAAAAGCCUUAGGAUAUUCAUAUGAUGACCUCAAUAUUUACUUUCAGCCAUACUGGGAAAACUUACUUUUCAUGGAGUGCCACCUAACAGUGAAUGUAUUGGAGUAUAAAAUGUUUGGCAUGUAUACACCUAUAUGUGCGCACGCACACACACACACAGAAUGCACACUUCACACACGUACACUUAUUCAAGUUGAAACUGUACUCGAAUCAAUCUGAUUCUACUGCCAUUUCUACUUUUAAAAUCAAUUUCUCCUACAUUAGUAGAUACAAAUCUAAUUUAAGUAUUUAUUUAAGAGGAGAAAAGUAACUAGAAAACCAAUGAAAAGUGAGACUUUCAGAAAUAGAAAAUGCCUGGCCUAACAAUUUAUCUACAUUGUCAAUUACACUUCAAAUUAGAGAAUCCAAGAUGGACUUGAAUAUAAAUCACACACACACACACACACACACACACACACCCCACACACACAUCUUCACUUAAACUUGUUUUAAGUUCUUUGAAGUUCGAACAUGUUUUUACCCAGGGUUAUUUUCUUCAGGUUCUUCCUUGUUAGGAUUCCAGACUGGAAAGUUGGAAGUCUCAGGAAAUGCAUGUUUCCAUGAGUUUUUUAGUUUCACAGUUUUACAGAUCCAACAACACAAUCUUUUAAUCUUUGGUCGCUCAACCAAACAGGAGCUCCAUAGGCAGAGUGCUCACACUUUGAAUUGCUAAUAGAAAAUAAUGCACAGUGUCCUCAGGAUAUGAUAAACAAGGUUUGUAAGAGCAUUUUAUUUUAUAGCACUUUAGUCUUUUCAGCUAGAUUUCAGUGACACCAUGGUGUAAAUGCUAUAUUUGCCAUAACUUAUUGGUGGCUCCUGUGUUACAUACAGUUUUAAAUAAUGCUCUUAAUUGUUUUCCCAAUGAUAAUGAUAAAAUGUUCUGUAGAAUUUGUAAAACAUGUCAAUUGAAUCUGUUGAAAAUUGUGUAAUUGUUCUUUUAAUUGUGAUACUAUUUUGUAGAUAUUAGCUUUAAAUGUAUAUUUGUAUGAGUCAAAAGUAUAUGCUUGUAUGUGGUAUGUGUGUGUAAGUAUAUAUCUUAUCAAAAAUCAAACUUAUCCUAAAGAAAAAGGGCACAUUGUGACCAGCCUUAAUUUAUUAACACUUUUUUUGUUGUUGUUGCAAUUUGGAUUUAAAACUGAAACUGAAAUUAAUGUUUUUGUUAAAAAUAGCUUCUUUUAAUUUUAUGAGGAAUGUGCUUUAGAACCUAUCUGUGUUCCCACAAGCAAACUGUCCAGCUUGUGAGGCACCCCAUGCUUUUUGAAAUAGUCAAACAUCAAUUAACUUAUUAAUGAUGUCAUCAUACAGACUAAUUUGUUUUCAUCAGCAACAAAACCAGUGCACCUCUAAAAUUGCCCUUCCCAACUUGGCACCCAUUUUUCUUUAAUAAGUUUUCCAUGAAAAAUGGUUUCUCCAAACCAUUACUUUUAGAAGUUCUAUUUUCUCAAGUAAAAUGAACUCCCUUGGUGUUAUGGGAGUUUUUAAAGGCCCAUCCAUACUAGGUGGUUCCAACAUGGUUCUCUUCUCAAAAAAAGCAAGCCGGAAACCCUCACACUUUUCCUGUCUGCCCCACAUGUAGUCUAGCAAUAGAAAAUUCAUGACUAACAAGGAUCUACACAUGUGGUCAUGCUUGAAGCAAAACUUCUGUGACCUUCUCUGGGCUUGGCAUUUUGGUACAGAAUAUUAAUUAACUUACUAUUUCCUUUCUUUCUCUAUUGUUAGUUAUUCCUUCUCAGUAUUUAGGGUUGCCAGGUAAAAUACAGGAUACCCCGUGAAGUUUAAAUUGCAGAUAAACAAGAUUUCUUUAGUGUAUUUCUCAUAUAUUUUAUCAGACAUACUUUCACUUUUAAAAAAGUUUAUCUGAAAUUCAAAGUAACUGGGUAUGUCCUAUAUAUUUUUUCCUAAAUCUUAUAAUUCUAUCCACACUGCCUUUCUAUCUUUUUCAGCUGGUAUAAGGGGUGAGAUCUAGCUCCCUCCAUACUCCUGUGUUCAGACACCUCAUGAAUAUCUGCAGACAUAAUGUCCUUCAAGAAGGAAAAUAUUGGUCAGCUCCAGGUCCUGAAAAUGCUUUUUGAAGGACCAACUCGAAUACAGAUGGGAUAAUCAAGCAAAUAUCUUCAUAAGAUUAAUGCCACCAUGUUCAACAUUUCCCUUUGCCAGCCUGUUGUGAGGUCCAAGUUUCCCCAUUAAUCCCUUUUGCAGCAUUUCCCAGUAACUGGGACAACCAAAAACACGCCAACAUAUUAUAAAUGCUCCUGAAAAGUGGCAGCACCCCACUAACUAGUACCAGGACCUCUUUUAAAUUCAAUUUCUUUUUUCUUUCAGAGAGGUAACAAACUAAUUCAUUAUUCCCUUCAUUAACACUUUACCACAAAUUAUUUUCAUCAGGUUAAAACUCGCCAUCUACGGAAUUGUAGAAAAGGUGGCAUAGGAAGGAACUGUCUUCACUGCUGGAAGAACAGGAGAGUCUGAGGUAUAGACACUGCCCUGGUGACCUCCCCUUAGGACAUUGCUGGGGGGCAGGGGAGGCAGGCUGCGGGACAGAAUGUCACCCUGACAUGAAGCUAUCACCUGGCAGAGAGACUUGUCAAAGCAAAUGAUAACAACCAGCACUUUUUUUGGAAUUGAAAACCCAAGAAGCCUCAAAAUAAGAACAGUGACAUCAGAGGCUAGUUUCUAAAGCAGAGCAGAAAAUAGAACCAUGUUGGAAUUCCUAACUUCUAGCUUUCAAAUACUGUUAUUUCCAACAGUGAAUCCUUGACAGAGCCUGAAUGUAGAUGGAUUUUUGAAACAUUUUUGGUAGCUACCUCCUCUCUUGAAAUUUCCUAUAAGUGGCAUAGGAAAAUCCAAAUCCCUUAAUAUAACAUGUCCAUCUCAUGACUCCUGCUUACACACAAUUGUGUUGAUUUUCUUCAUUUCUGGAGGAUGGGAAUUUGCAGAGCUGGUGACAUUUCCUUCAUUACACACCAGAAAUUCACCAGAGAGAGACAGAUCUGUGCCUUCUCUUUUUAGGAUCUGGUCAUUGAUACUUUAAUAAACGUGGUGUAAAGAAAAUCCAUGCCUACAGUCUGUAUAGCAAAUGUGAAUUUUUUUUAAUAAGAUUGUGUUCUUAAUGCAAAAAAGUUUAUUUGUAUUCAGUGAAAUGCCUAAUAAAGUCCUGGUACCAAUUA